ACGGACCCAAAACGAGGAUGCGAAGUUGACCUGGUGUUUAGCACAGAGCGCUACGACCUGAAGGAAGACGAGGACCAGGUGGGGAAAUGUUCUGCCCGAGUGUUUUACAAGAACGAGAAACCCAGACCUGCCGUCAACGUGACUUGUACACGGCUCAUUGAGAAAAAGAAGACACAAGAAGAGGAUUACCUGCUUUACAAGCAACUGAAGCAGCUGAGAGCCCCCUUGGAUGUGGGCAGCAUACCUGAUAGUCAUGGACAUAUUGACCCCUCUCUGAGACCCAUCUGGGACUUGGCUUUUCUUGGCAGCUCGUAUGUGAUGUGGGAAAAGACAACCCAGUCUUUGCACUACUACUUGGCACAGCUCAAUAGCGUGAAGCAGUGGAAAACUAAUGAUGAUGCAAUUGAUUUUGACUAUAUUGUUCUACUUCAUGAAUUCCCAACACAGGAAAUCAUUCCCUGCCGUAUUCACUUAAUCUGGUUCCCUGGCAAGCCACUUAAGGUGAAAUAUCACUGUCAAGAGCUACAGACACCAGAAGAAGCCUCUGGAACUGAAGAAGGGUCAGCUGUGGCACUGACGGAGAGCAGUAAUUUCUGAAAAGGGAAAAUGAUCUGCUUAACACCAAAUUCUAAGCAAAAUGACUAACAAGCCUAAUCACUACAAUAGUGAAAUACUAAGGUAUAGGCGUAUACUAUUACUUUUGGAAAGCCCGCAAUUACAAAACUUAAAAGAUGCUGGAGUCUGCUUUA